AUGGGCAGGCGUGUGCUGCUGCCUGGUCUGCUCCUGUGUCUUCCUCUGGCUGCAGGCUGGACGGCUUCUAACUGCCUAGUGACCGAAGGCUCCCGGCUGCCUCUGCUGUCUCGCUACUUCAUAAGCUUCCGGCUGUACUCUAGCCUGCCCCUCCUUGCCACAUGCUUCUCGGUGACCAACCUGACCCAGGCCUUGGAGGCUGUGCCGCAGAGGGUGCAGGCGCUUGGUCUCUCUGGCACUGUUUCUGUUCUGCCCCAGGAUGCCUUCUCCAACUUUCUGGGACUCAAGGUCCUGGAACUGAAUCUCCAUCUCAGCCGACUCCUGCCAGGAGCUCUGCGGGGCCUAGGACAGCUGCAGUAUCUCUGUUUCAUGGCUCCCCCAAUGAAAAAGACCCCACUCUUCCUACCCCCUAAUGCCUUUAGCGGCCUCAGAGCCCUCCAACACCUCAGUUUCUCGGGCCCCUGCCUGGACGAAAGCUUGGGUGUCCGACUGCCUCCUACACUACGGCAGCUGUCUGUCACAUACGGUUGCCUUCAGGAUAUGGGGACGCUGGCCAACAUCUUCCCAGAUCUGGUGCAAGGUGCUUCCUCUGAGGAUGCCUGGACCCUGGACAGGUUGGAUCUGUCCUUCAAUGCGAAGCUGCAGAAUAUCAGUUCUGGGGCUCUCCAGGGCCUGAGACUGGGGACCCUGCAUCUGGACCGCACCAAGAUAAAAGCAGCUGCAGUGCUGGGACUGGGACUGCAGAGACUGGACACACUGUUCGCGUCAUCCUCUGACACGGUGGCGCUGCCUGCCGAGCUGGUUGCCUCCUUGGAGCUGCAGCAGCUGCAUUUGCGGGGCAAUCGGAUAAAGCGCAUAGCGCCCGAGGCCCUGGCCUCCUGCCACAGCCUGAAGACCUUGGAUCUUGGAAACGCUGGCCUGACGGAGCUGCCACCAAGUUUCCUGGCCACCAUGCCCAGGCUUCAGAGACUGAAUCUGGCCCAAAACCAGCUGCAGGCUGUCAUGCUGUGUGCAAACGAGACAGGGCCUGUGUCAGGCCUGUGGGCCCUGGACAUGUCUGGCAAUGGAUUGCGCAUCCUGCCUCCAGCCACCUUCUCCUGCUUGCCACAGCUACAGGAGCUGGAACUUCAGAUAAACCAGCUGACUCACCUAGAGGGCCAGAUGUUCCAAGGCCUACAGAGGCUAAUGACCUUGAACUUGCACAGCAAUCCUUUGGUAUCCCUGGGUGAGGGCUGGCUGGUUCCUCUGCCUGCUCUGACCAGUCUAAACCUGCUCAACACCCAUGUGGAGCUGAGCUCAGCCGAGGCCUUCUGGGGAGCAGAGAGUCUGCAAGACUUGAGGCUGCAGCUCCCCCGUGGCCCUCCUGGGGUGGCGUUGUCCCUGCCCACGAGGCUGACCAGCCUGGAGCUCCACGCUGUCCCAGGCAGGAAGCCCUGGGAACUGGCUUCUAAUGUCUUUCCAGUCUUGCAAACCCUGACUUUAAAAGACUGGGGCCUUCAGCUGGGGCCCCAGAAUAUCUCCAAAAUCCUCCCCGCUCUUCGCCAGCUCGUUCUGAUUGGCCGGAGCUUGGAGGCCCUCUGCUCCCAGGACUACUCUAGCUUCUUCCUGUGGCAGCUCCCCACGCUGCAGUCCCUGAAGGUCCAGGCGCUGGGACACAUCUCCAGACCCUGCCGCAUCACGGGGCUGCCCAGCCUCCAGGAGCUGAAGCUGGAGUCCUUGAAGUCCAGAGCCCAGCCCCGGCUCCUGCAGCUGGCAGAGCUGGUGGGGGAGCUGCCCCGGCUGGAGGUGCUGCAGCUGUACCACACGGGGCUGCAGACCCUGUCUGCCGCUGCGUUCCGGGGCCUCGGCAGUCUCCAGGUCUUGGUGCUGAUGGGGGAGGACAACCUGGUGCUGGACGACAGCCUCCAGGACCACAGUCCCCGGAUGCCCCAGUACAUGUACAUUUUCUCUUCGUCCUUGGCCUGUCUCUGCGCCAAUGCCUGGGUGGCACCCUGGCUGGAGAGGUCCCCUAGAACCUACUGGCACAUCAGAGCGUACCAGAUGUGCCCGGCAGAAGCUGAGGGCCGUCCCAAGAGCCCUCUCUUCCCCUUUCUCCAGAGCCACUGCUUCCAGACCUUGGAGCUGGAGCUUUUCGUGGGCUGCUCCUGCCUGCUGCUUCUGUUGAUCGCCUUGCCCCUCCUCCAGGAAGCCCGCAACUCUUGGGUCCUUUAUCUCCAGGCCUGGCUCAGGGCUUGGCUCCAGGGUCUAUGGGGUCAUGGGGGUGAGGGCCAGAGAUUCCUCUACGAUGUGUUCGUGUCCCACUGCAGCGAAGACCAGGGCUGGGUGGUGCAGGAGCUGCUGCCUGUUCUGGAGGGCUGUCCUCCAGCUGGCCGCGGACUGCGCCUCUGCCUCCCAGAGAGGGACUUCGAGCCGGGCAAAGACGUGGUCGACAAUGUGGCCGACAACAUGGCGGGCAGCCGGGUGACCCUGUGCGUGAUGAGUCACCCGGCCCUGCACACGGCCCGCUGCCGCCUGGAGCUCCGCCUGGCCACCUCCCUGGUGUUGGCUGCCCCUCGGCCCCCAGUGCUGCUGCUGGUCUUCCUGGAGCGCAUCUCUCGCCACCAGCUGCCCCGCUACCACAGACUGGCCAGGUUGCUCCGCAGGGGCGACUACUGCCUGUGGCCCGAGGAAGAGGGAAAAAAGGAGGGCUUCUGGGCUUGGCUGGGGUGCAGGCUGCGGCAGUCUGGGUUAGGGUAG